UUCUCGUUGUUUGUUCGAUUUCAUUAUUUUUUGUACAAGACAUUUCAAUUCUUUGUUUAAUAUUUUGACAAUAAGAAAUUAGCAAAUAAUAAUUUGCAUUUCGUAGUACACUGUAGUAGUGUGUUUUAAAGUUAUAUUCAAUGUUAUUUUGAUACACAGGAAUUUGAAGAACUUUCAGUAGUUUUAUUGUACAUGCCAAAAAUUCAAAAUGACGUCUCCUGAAAUCAAAGAAUUAAUCGUGUUUCUACAAAAUAAUGGCAGAUCUGUUAUCAGUGGUCAGAAAAAUUUCUCUGUAACGCCACAAAUACUUCGCGAACUGAACAAAAUACUGCGUACAAUUAAGGAAGACAUCUAUGUAUCGCCAUUAAGCACUACAAAAUUAAUUAACAAAUACGCAAGCAGUAAUGAUCUAAUGUUCUUAUAUGAUUUCGUUACAAAAAUGCCAAAAUUAAAGAUCAGCGAUACGUCCUCUAGUCACAGUUUCACGAUCGAUGUGAGUGAUUUCACUAAUUUAAAAUAUUUAGAAUUGUACAAAUUUAAUGUUAAAGAUGUCAAAGGAAUUCAAUUUUUACGUGAAAAUUUGGAAAUCGUGGUGUGUACGCGAUGUUUAGACUCUAUAGGUGAUUUAAUAUUGAAUUCUGACUCCGAUAAUAGCGUCAGUUUGAUCUGGAGUAAAUUACAACACGCAGUAUUUUCAUGUAAUGGUUUAAGCACCUUAGAUCGGUCCUUCAUUUACACACCUUGGCUUCAAUAUUUGGACAUAAGUUAUAAUAAUUUAACGGAUUUACGUCCUAUAACCUGUCUAAGCAAUUUAACGCAUCUAAACGCUGCCUACAAUCGUUUGUCGUCGGUACCUGAAAUGCCAAUUAGUAAAUUAGAAGUUCUCCUAUUGAAUCACAAUUAUAUCACUAAUAUAUCAGGUCUUUCAAAAAUGGUUAGUUUACGAGAAAUCGAUCUUUCGGAAAAUAGUAUUGUAGAGCACGUGAAUUUGCUUCCUUUAGCAGAUCUCUCGCUUUUAACUACUUUACAUAUUUCGAAGAAUCCAAUAAGUUACCAUCCUAUUCAUAGAUCAUUAACAUGUGGAUAUCUACACGAAAAUGUCGCUAAUGAUAAUUUUCUACUGGAUGGAACACCUUUAAGUACCGCAGAGAAGGAGUACAUUCGAUAUACCUCGCCUAGCAUUAAUAAUCCUGAAUUUUGUGCUCUAAGAAAUACCAAUUCGAAUAUUCUUAAGAAGAAACGUUCUAAAAAAACUCGAGAAGCAAUAAUUUAUGAACCAAAUUAUGAUAAAGAGGAUAGUUCUAUAAGUAAUGUUCCAACUCCUAUUAAACUGCAAGAAUCAGAUGAUGACGAAGAGUACAUAAAGACGAAGAAACAGUUAGAAGAAUGUCGUCAUCAGCAUGGUGAAGAAUAUUGGCUACUUAACAAUAAAUUUCCCGGUUGGUUAGAUAUCCCUUCACCCAACCCUUCUCCUAGACAGUCUUGUUGUAGUUCUCCUAGAAAUACAAAUAUUGUUGCCGAACACGUUUUCAACUCGAGGAGCGAUCCUCAAACUACAAACCGUAUAAUCGAGAAUACAUUUUCAAACGACGAUACUAUUGUAACCGAGACUAGUAAUGCGAGUACUUCAGAUAAAGAAAAUCAAGAUAAUACAACGGUAAAUGAAGAUGAUCAAAAGACAGAGAGCAGUGUGCAGUCAUCAAACAGCUCUAGUGAAAGCGAAUCAGAAACUGAUGUCGAAGAAAACGAUGAUAAUGAAGACAAUGUAGGUUUCGAUGGUAUUGAGGAAAGCUCGUUAUGGCUAGUUCAAAGAGUAGAUGGCGAUGCUACACAAGAUCUGUUUUUGGUGUUGGGUGACGAAGAUCUACGGGAAUAUGAUGUUACUCGAGCUAAAGUAAUUACAAAAUGGAGCUUGGAGUGGGUUGAAAGAUGCAUGAAGAUAUCUAAUGAGCCUUUAACGAUCAUGUUGAAAUUUGAUGUCGCUAGACGAAACGAUCAAACUAGAAAAUACAUUAUGGAGUACGCAGAUGCUCAAAAAUUAAUCAGCCGAGUUCAAGAAGAAUUAGAAAAACGUCCCAUGCUAUCGUCUAAUCAAAAGUUAUGUAGAUGUAUAAAAUGUAACUCGUUAUUCUGUUUGGAAGUACAGCGUCGUAAUAAAAUAGGUGAACAAAAUCCGUAUGUUUGUCCAAAUUGCGGUAGUACUCAUGUAUUGGAAGAAGACGAAUCAGCACUAUGGCCUAAAACAUACCCAGAUGGUGUUGAUAGAAAAAAUAAAUGCAAUGUAACUUCGUCUCCUUCUUUAUCAAGCAUUGGUUCGGCUGCUUCUCUAGAUCAAAGUUGUGAUACGACCAAUGGCAGCGAUGAUCAUCCUAGUAAUUUGCAAGAUAGCGAUGUUGAAAUUUAUAGUAAUCCAAGUCAAAGCUCCAUCGAGAUACUCGAAGUUCAUAGCAGUCGAUCUGUGGAUAGCAACGUAACUGUAGUUCAAAGAUUCGAAACACCUUCAAAUUUGGUCUCAGCAGCGGUCAAUCAAUUACUAACCGAAAGUAGUUCGUCAGGUUCGAUGACCGAUAGUAUAAUAACGUCGUACGAAACAAAUCAACAUGGUACUCGAGGACCUCAUCGUAUUUCUCAAAGCACCGUCGAUGAAGUCCUUCAAGAAGAGUCGAGCUCUGAAACGUCUCCGCAGCAGCGUCGCAGCGAAGAGAAAACUACCUCCGAUAGUGAUAAAUCUAAAAACGACAAAAAUACGUCUAAUAUUUCUACAAAGCUGGAGCUUCCGUCGUUUAAUUAUACUACCGUUUUUGAAGGUUACAUCCGCGAAAUUAUUGAGCAGUUAAUUCUAAUACUAAAUUUUGGAAAUUUCAUUACUAACAUCGUUUAUUUUAUUUUAUCAAUCAAAGGAAGAGUCCCUCUUACAUUGACUUCGUCACCUCGAAAAUCAGUACCUGAUAAUGAUCUUGAUACGACGUAUGAAUAUUCGUACUCUGAUUUCACUAAUAUUGAUCAUAGAAUUAAAUACUACAUUUGGGAUCAAUUAACUCCUAACAGCGUUGAAAUAAAUGCAUUUUUAAGAGUUGAUAAAUUAAGUAAAUGCGGGACUUCAAUUCAGCCUUCUCCUGCACUACUAGUACUAACUGAAAAGAAAUUAUAUUUUGUCAAGAUCGUCAAAGAAGAAAAAGAUGAUCCCAGUAAUUGGCUGCAAAAAUUCGACAGCCACGGUACUGAUAAAAUUAAACUAAUUCAACCGAUUUUAUGGAAACAAGGAUUCUCUAUCGAAGUGGAAGAUCGUUCUAUAUCAGCGUUGCCGUUAAAAUAUAUAUGUCUUUUGUACGAUGAAUCAAGAACUGACAAUUUUUUAUCACAUAUCAAAGAUUUAGGAAUCAUCCAUGUAAAAACGUCAGAAGAACUGAGCGAAAAAUCUGAUUUGAAAACAUAUUUACAACUUGACGACCAUGUUAGAAACUUCAGCAUGACAGAUUUAAUUACCAUUAGUAAAAAUAAAGAUGUUAAACGUUUUACGUUAGUCGGUUUCAUUAUUACCAACAACGAUUUUGUCAUCGUUAAAGGAGAAAGCGAAUGGUUAUUACCAAAGACAUCGAUUAAGCCAUCAAUUGUUCAGACUGAAAGUAUCGGCAAUCUAAUGAAAUUGACUGUCAAACCGAGUUGUCUCGAAUUUCAAUUCGAAGAUGAAAUAGAAAAAUUAGACCAAUCGUGGGAAAUCAAAGUCAACACUUUGGAAUCAGGGAAUAAAAUUAUCGAAGCAAUUAGAGAACCGUGGGAAGACAUGUUUACCGUUCCGCUAGAAGUUACGUAUGCUGCCAAUUGAAUUUACCAUUUACUGUAUUACUUCUGCUUCGGGUUUUAAUUAGUCUAAGUAGCGUUCCUUAUUUAUUACUUUUUUUUUUUAAAGGAAUUUAUUGAACCAUUUUUUUUCUUCUGUUUGUGAUACUUGUCAAUAUUAUAUAUUUUAAUUUUAUUAAAACUUGUUUAUAUCAUGCAAUGAAACGAAAAUGUGAUAAUUGUUAAAUUAAUUCAAAUUUUAUAUUGCAUCGUAAUAUUUAAUUUCACCAAGUUAUAGUUUUGUUUUCCUUCCUCUAUUAGGUAUUAUACGUACAUUUAUGAUUUCAUAACAAGUUUAUCUCAAGAGACUGAUGAGAAUACAGAAGUUGAGCGUUAGUUCUUGUUUCUUGUCACCUUUCACUAAUAAUCGAGUGCUUGUUUACUUUUGAAAAUAAGGGUUGAGAUUAUUUUCGAAAUUUUAUAUUUUCUGAAGAAAGAUAUGAAAUAGAACACAAGAUCGAUUUCUUAAGUGCAAUUUAAAGAAGACUGACGAUGACUUCUGUAUAACUUGGAUGUUCUCAAUUGUUUUGAAACUGGUACAAAUAUACCGGCGAUGUUUAUACAACGUUAAUUUUAAUAAAUAAUCUUGUUAA